CGCUUCCGCCUCCGGGGCGGAGACUCCUCCCCCUCACCGUCCCAAUUGUAUUCCCUGGAAGAGCAGCCGGAAAAGCCUCCUCCUGCUCAGACCGGGAUAAACGAGAAGCUGGUUCCUUCUCGCAACCAGCUCUUUGAGCCCUGGGAACCGCCGUGGCGGUCGGCACUGCAGCACCAAAAGGGGCGAGCACAACCUGGGCUCAGCUCCAGCUGGGCGCGGGCGGUGCGGGAGCGGCUUCAGCACCAAGGAUAGCGCCCCGCCCGCGGCCCUCGGGCCUGCGGCGCGCUUCUGCAGCUUUAGGCGAGCCGGCGAGCUAUGCCAGAGGCAUGGCCUGGCGCUCGGGCCCCAUGGCGCUGCUGCUCAGCUUUGGCCUCCUCGGGCUGUGCUCAGGAGUCUGUGGUACAGACACAGAGGAGCGGCUGGUGGAGCAUCUCCUGGAUCCGUCCCGCUACAAUAAGCUUAUCCGCCCAGCCACCAAUGGCUCUGAGCUGGUGACGGUACAGCUCAUGGUAUCACUGGCCCAGCUCAUCAGUGUGCAUGAGCGGGAGCAGAUCAUGACCACCAAUGUCUGGCUGACCCAGGAGUGGGAGGAUUAUCGCCUCACCUGGAAGCCUGAGGAAUUUGACAACAUGAAGAAAGUUCGGCUCCCUUCCAAACACAUCUGGCUCCCAGAUGUGGUCCUAUACAACAAUGCUGACGGCAUGUACGAGGUGUCCUUCUAUUCCAAUGCCGUGGUCUCCUAUGAUGGCAGCAUCUUCUGGCUGCCGCCUGCCAUCUACAAGAGCGCAUGCAAGAUCGAAGUAAAGCACUUCCCAUUUGACCAGCAGAACUGCACCAUGAAGUUCCGCUCGUGGACCUACGACCGCACCGAGAUCGACCUGGUGCUCAAGAGUGACGUGGCCAGCCUGGACGACUUCACGCCCAGUGGCGAGUGGGACAUCGUCGCGCUGCCGGGCCGGCGCAACGAGAACCCGGACGACUCCACUUAUGUGGACAUCACGUACGACUUCAUCAUCCGCCGCAAGCCGCUCUUCUAUACCAUCAACCUCAUCAUCCCCUGCGUGCUCAUCACCUCCCUGGCCAUCCUCGUCUUCUACCUGCCCUCCGACUGCGGCGAGAAGAUGACGCUGUGCAUCUCCGUGCUGCUGGCGCUCACCGUCUUCCUGCUGCUCAUCUCCAAGAUCGUGCCGCCCACCUCCCUCGACGUGCCGCUUGUAGGCAAGUACCUCAUGUUCACCAUGGUGCUCGUCACCUUCUCCAUCGUCACCAGCGUGUGCGUGCUCAACGUGCACCACCGCUCACCCACCACGCACACCAUGGCUCCCUGGGUCAAGGUCAUCUUCCUGGAGAAGCUGCCCACGCUGCUCUUCAUGCAGCAGCCGCGCCACCGCUGCGCCCGCCAACGCCUGCGCCUGCGGCGGCGCCAGCGCGGGCGCGAGGGAGAUGGCGCCCUCUUCUUCCGCGAAGACCUGGGGGCAGACUCCUGCACGUGCUUUGUCAACCGCGCGUCUGUGCAGGGCUUGGCUGGGGCCUUCGGCUCGGAGGCGGCGCCGGCAGCCGGCCCCGGGCGCCCCGGGGGGCCGUGUGGCUGCGGCCUCCGGGAGGCGGUGGACGGCGUGCGCUUCAUCGCGGACCACAUGCGGAGUGAGGACGACGACCAGAGCGUGAGUGAGGACUGGAAGUAUGUCGCCAUGGUGAUCGACCGUCUGUUCCUUUGGAUCUUUGUCUUCGUGUGUGUCUUUGGCACCAUCGGCAUGUUCCUGCAGCCUCUCUUCCAGAACUACACCACUGCCACCUUCCUCCAUGCAGACCACUCGGCUCCCAGCUCCAAGUGAGGCCCUUCCCAGCUCCAUGCUCCUUC